AUGCCAUCUGUUACUGAUUUCUUUCAAGGUUGUGAUAAAGAAAACAUUGCUCCAAACAGAAACUAAUAACCAUCAUUAUGCUAUUUGGAAUGUGAAAAUGAAAAAAUAUGUUAUGAUGGAUAAACUAAAUUUGAAAGAAAUGAUUUCAACAACUCAGAUAGUAUUUUAAUAGCAAAUGAAUUAGUGUAUUAAGAGUUAAAAGGAUUUAAUUUCAUUCAAAAUAUAAACGAAAUCUAUAAUAAAAUGAAAAUAUGCCCAAAAUAGUUAGACUUAUGUAUAGACAUUCAGUUUUCUCAAAAUCACAUAUUGAUUAACUUUGCAAAUUAAAUUAGUAAAAUAGCAAAAUAUACUAAAAAUUUAAAGUGGAACAUAAACAGUUUAAUUCAACUGGAAACAAAAAAUGAAAAUUCAUUGAUAGUACUCACUAUAAGUAAGGAUUUUGAAGAAUAAUUAAUUUCACAAAGCAUUGAAUAUAUUUAGACUGGUAGAAAUAGUCUUAAUACAAUAGAUAAUUGA